AUGUAUUGCAACUACUUUGGAAACUCCUAUGGCAGCUACGGCUGUGGCUAUGGCUCCCGCUAUGGCUGUGGCUAUGGCUCCCGCUAUGGCUGUGGCUAUGGCUCAGGCUAUGGCUGUGGCUAUGGCUCCGGAUAUGGCUGCGGCUAUGGCUCCGGAUAUGGCUGCGGCUAUGGCUCCAGAUAUGGCUGUGGCUAUGGCUCCGGAUAUGGCUGUGGCUAUGGCUCCCGUUAUGGCUGUGGCUAUGGCUCCCGUUAUGGCUGCGGCUAUGGCUCCCGUUAUGGCUGUGGCUAUGGCUCCAGAUAUGGNUGUGGCUAUGGCUCCGGAUAUGGCUGUGGCUAUGGCUCCAGAUAUGGCUGUGGCUAUGGUUCCGGAUAUGGCUGUGGCUAUGGCUCUGGAUAUGGCUCUUCCUGCUGUAGCUACCGGCCAGUUGUCUACAGAAAAUGCUAUUCUUCUUGCUGCUAAAUAUCACCACAAUGCAGAAUUUCUUCCAAAAUGAUCACUCCAAGGCAUUUCUUCUUCACUGACUCAUGAUCACUACUGUAUCCACUGAAAAGAGAGUAUUGAGAACCUGAGAACCUGAAGAAGAUUCUUUGUCCUCUUGGCACUGAGAGAAACUGAGUUACUUCAGGAUCUUCUUGGAAAGAAGAAACAUGGUUAAAGUCAUAGAGCAAGUUGAACUCCUCUAGCUUCUUGAGCAUAUUUCUAUAUUGUGAUCAUUUCCAAAUAAAACUGAUUAUU